AUGUCAAAAGAAGUAGCAGUAACUUCGACAUUAAAAUAGCGUUUAUCUGCAAUAGAAGAUAAGGAAAUAUACUUUGAAGACAGAGACUCUUUUAGUGAAGAUGGGAAAUAUGGGGAAUAUGUCCAAAAGUAGAAUCGGGAAAUUUUAAAAAAAGUUCAGGAACUUAUGCAUGAUGGACAAUCUACUGUGAAUUAACAAGAGGAUUAAAGUUUUGCUGUAAUGAAUGAGAAUCAGAAAUAAGAAAUUUUAGAAGACUUGGAAGAGGAAUUCGGACAAUCAUAUACAGAAACAAAGGUGAAGGUGAAUACUUACAUAAAACUAAUUCCAAAAAAUGAAUUAUAAUUGGCCUACAUUUACAGUGACAAAUAUCCCUUCUUAGUCAUUCGAAAAUAGAUUUUAAUAUUUACAAAACUGAUCUCAUCGUACGCUUAAAAAAUUACUACGCAUCCACUAUUUGAAUUGAUGACAUUGUUAAUGAUUAUUUUUAACUCAGCAAUGCUUGCUAUAGAUGAUCCAACCACUAACGUCUAAACAUCUUUCUAAGAUUUAACAGAUAUCAUAUUUUUGGCCUACUAUACGGCAGAAGCAGUCUUGAAAAUAGUAGCAUUAGGAUUUAUAUUACCAAAAAAAGCCUAUUUAAAAGACACAUGGAACAUCCUCGAUUUUUCUGUGAUUGUAACUGCCUACAUUCCUUAUUUUCUGUCAUCCAACUCAGUCAAUUUGAAUGCCUUAAGAUCCUUUAGAGUGCUUAGACCCUUGAGAACAGUGUCUUCAAUCAAGGCGCUAAGAACUAUUCUGUUAGCAUUAUUUGCAUCAAUAGCUCAAUUGAGAGAUGCGGUUGUCGUUCUGAUAUUCUUUUAUUCAAUAUUUGCUAUAGCAGGUGUGUCCUUAUUUUCUGGAUAUUUGAAAAGAAGAUGCAUAGGUGAAAUGAGUGGAAUCACAUGGAUUUCUGAUGAAAUAUUAUUCUGCGCAGACGAUAAUAAUUGCCCAUUCCCAGAGGAUACUAUAUACAAUGAGAAUUUCAUUUGUGGAAAAUAAAUAGCCAAUCCAUAGAAUGAUUUGGUUAAUUUUGAUACAUUUGGUUAUUCCUUCUUAUAGGUUUUCAUUAUAACAACAUUAGAAGGAUGGACAUAGAUUUAAACAGCUGUAAUGCUCACGUUUUCUUAAUACGUAGUUUUGUAUUUUAUUAUUGUUGUUAUUGUUGGAGCAUUCUUUUUGGUCAAUCUUACACUAGCUAUUAUAAAAUUAAAUUUUAAACCAGAGAAGAUUCAAGAAGAAUUGGCUUAAAUUAAAGAGGAGAUUGAAGAAUAUGAUUAUAGAUAACUCAGACAAUUAAAAUUAUAUGAUCCACAGAGACCCAUAGUAGACACUGAUGGUUAUGGUAUCUCAUGGGAUAAGCAUCAUGAUUUUGAUUAAAAUGCAAUUAUGAAUAGAAGAAAGAAUUCCAGAAGAGGAGCUUCUUAGUUGAAUAUGAUUAGAUCAUAAAAUAUGAAAAAGUUAAGAGGAAAGAAUAAAGUAAGUUUUCAGCCGAUAAAAUCUGCUGUGUAUUACAGUAAUCCAAUUGUAUUGAAGAAUAAACAAUUGAAAAUUGAAGGAAUUUAUGGAAUGGGCAAUUAGAGCAAAUUAAAUUAAUAGACUUUGGGAGUGAGUGGCUAAAAUAAUAAUAAUCGAUCAAGUGUUGUAAGAAGAAGCAGUCAGAGUAGUAAUAACGAUGAAAGAACUUCUUCAAAAAAAGAGGAUAAAAAUAAUAUUAAUGAAAAUGAAAGUCAAAGUUAGAGUAGGCCAACCAAAGUAAUCCCAAGAAAGAGUAUUUAAUUUGGGGAUCAGCAGAUAAGUUCAGAAUUUCUAAACUCUCCUAUGAUGGAUUUGUAGAGUGAAAAUAUUCGACCGUUGAAUGGAGGUACGAUGAUUGUCCAUCAUCAAGGAUCUAUGGAGAGUAGUAAGAGUGGUGGGUCAAAAUAGGAUAAGACUCCAACCAACAAUCAAUUAGAAAUCCCUAGAUUGGGAGAGAUUAGACAACAGUCUUAGAAUGUGAAAUCCAAUCAAAAAUUUAGUUUGGUGGCAGGUAUGAAAUACUAGAAACCUCCCAGAAAUUCACCAAAACCUGAUUCAUAGAAAUCUCUAGAUUAGAAUGAAUUUGAUAGUGUAAAUUUAAGUGAGUUGAAUACAAUAUCAGAUGAUGAUCUUGAUUAAAGAUUAGAAGAAAUGGAUAUUUUUGUUUAGGAUAAGAAUGAUGAUUCUGAAAGUGAAAAGAAGAAGAAAUAAAACUAAAAAGAAUUAAAUAGAUAGAAGAGAAUGGAAAAUAGAAGAUUAAGAGAUUUAAAUAAAAAUGCCUAAUAACAUUUAGAUGAUGCAUCCUUAAAGUUGAAAUCUAAACUAUACAAUACAAAGUUUUAUCCAAUUAUUAUAGUUGAUUAAGAAUUUGGCAGUGUAAAUGAUGUAUUGGUUUCACAGAUGUUAUUGAAAUUGGAAAAGGAGAAAUUAGAAUAAGAAGAGAAAAUUAAAGAAAUGGAUAUUAAAAUUACCUAUUGCUUCAAAAAUUAAAAAUAAUCUUUGGAACUAAAAAAAUCAAGUUCUGGUAAAAGUAAAAGUAUGACUAAAUCUGGGUAUUUGAAAUCUGGAUUGAAAUCUAAGAAAAACAAUUUAAGUUUAAGGAGAGUGUAACCAAUUAUGGAUGAAUUACAUCCAUUUGAAGAUCUACAAUUUCCAACAGACAAGAAUUUUGAAAAUUAAGAUGAUUAAAAUAAAGAGAAUGAAAAUUCUGACUCAGAUGAUGAACCUGAUGAGCAAAAUAAUGAAAAAAAUAAUAAUUUUAAUGGAAGUGCAAGCCAAAAAAUUAAAAUGAAAAAGAAAAAAAAAGAUUAAGAAUAAAAUGAGAAAUUGGAUCUUUAAUAAAUAGGGGAGAAAUUUUCAGAAAGUUCAGAUUGCAUAGUCGAUCUGAAUAGAAUUCGUUAAGUUGAAACAGAUAAGUAAUUUAAUUAAUAAGAACUCGCUCUAAUUCCUGCUUCUGAAUUAGAACAGUAAAAAGGAGUAUUUUACUAAGAAUUCCAAGAUAUUAAAUAAAGAGAUAUUGAAGAAAGCAAAGGUGCUAUUGUUGCAUAGGCAUCUAUUGAGGAUGUAUUGUUAAUUGCUGAUUAUACUUUUUAUGACUCAAAAUUUGCAAAGUAAAUGAAUUCAGUAAUGAAAGCCUUAAAUUACUCAAAAAGAGAAACUUUCAUUUAUUUACAAGGAUUUAUAGGAUUUUUAAAAGUAUGCUAAAAUCAUUUGUUGUAUUUUGUGUAAUCUGGAUAUUUUGAAGCAGCUAUGAAUCUGGCAGUGGCAUUAAACACUGUAAUCUUAGCUUUAGAUGGUUUACUACCAGAUAGCAGUGCAAAUACAUUACAAUAGUUUAAUCUAGGAUUUACCAUCUUAUUUACAAUUGAAUUAGGAUUAAAAGUAAUAGGAAUGGGACCCAAAAAUUAUAUUUCUGAUACAAUGAACGUAUUUGAUGCUGUGAUAGUUGCAUUGAGUUUGGUAGAACUCUUUUUCCUAGGAGGAGGAACAAGUGGGAAAUCUUCAUUAUCAGCCUUUAGAUCUGUUAGAAUAUUCAGAGCAUUUAGAGUGUUGAGAGUCACUAAGUUGAUGAGAAGUUUACAAUUUAUGGGAUUUCUGAUAAAAGUAUUAGGUAAUGCAUUCCAAUCCUUUAUGUAUAUUAUGGUUUUGCUGUUGCUAUUUAUUUUUAUUUUCACUCUGCUUGGCAUGGCCUUUUUUGGAGGGCAAUUAUCUAAAACUCCUAGUAGAUAGAGUUAUGAUGAUAUUUAGAGUGCCUUCUUAGUUGUGUUUUAAGUGCUCACUUUAGAGAAUUGGAAUAGUAUUUUAUGGGACUUAUUGAUAUAAGAUGUUUCUGCAUUUAUUACAGUUCCUUAUUUGGUGUUUUGGAUUAUGAUUGGUAAUUAUGUCUUUUUGAAUCUGUUUCUGGCUAUUUUAUUAGAAAACUUUGAAGAGGAAUACAAGAAUGAUAAAGCAGGUUUAGACACCAAUAUUGAGAUUGGACAGGAUUCUAUCAUGGACAAUACCACCUAGCAGGUAAAUUCGACGAGCACUUUGAAAUCUACAAUGAAAACAAAAAAACAUACAGUUGCCUAAUAAUUAGAAAACAAUGGGGAUCCUGAGUCAAAGAAACAUAAAUAGUUUUAAUAAAUAUUCUAAUACUUUGUUGAGCCAGGACUUUGUUAGUUCUCAUUAUAUUUAUUCUCGCAAGAAAACAUAGUUCGAAGAAUAUGUUAUAGAAUAGUUAAGGAUGACAAAUUUGAAACACUUAUUUUCUUUAUGAUAUUUCUCACUUCAACCAAACUAGUUUUUGAUACUUACAUUCCUGACACUGGAAAAUUAAAAGAAACAUCAUUACAGAUUGAUAUCUUUUUUGCUGUGUUUUUUGGAGUUGAAAUGAUUAUGAAAAUAAUUGCUUUUGGAUUUGUAUAGUAAGAGAGUUCAUAUUUGAGGGAAUCAUGGAACAUUUUAGAUUUCUUCAUUGUUAUAGCAUCAUUUAUAGAUGUAAGUGUUUCAACAAUCAAUCUGAGUUUUGUGAAGAUCUUGAGAUUGCUUAGAACAUUAAGACCAUUAAGGUUUAUUACUCAUAAUAGAUCAAUGAAAAUUUUAGUAUCUGCAUUAUUACAAUCGAUUAAUGGUAUAUUCAAUGUGGCCAUAGUUGUGAUUUUGGUUUGGAUGAUGUUUGCCAUUCUUGGUAUAAAUUUAGAGAAAAACAAAAUGCAUUAUUGUGAUACUGGAGAUGACGAAAUAUGGUAUCAUUAUGGACCAGAUGAAUGUGCAAAACAUGGUGGAGUUUGGGCAAAUCGAAAAGUUAACUUUGAUAACAUUUUGAAUGGCAUGUUGACUUUAUUCAUAUUAUCGACAUUGGAAGGUUGGCCAGAUUAAAUGUAUUGGUUUAUUGAUGCCGAUGAAUCAGGACCAAUCAAGGGAGCUUAAUUACAAUUUUCUUGGUAUUUCAUUGUAUUUAUUUUGAUUGGUUCCAUUUUACUGAUGAAUCUAUUUAUUGGUGUUAUAUUGGUCAAUUACCAUUUAGCAGAAGAAGCUUCAAGAGAUAAGAUACUAACUCAACCACAAGUAGAUUGGAUUGAAUUGUAAAAGCUUAUUGUUCAUGCUAAUCCCAACUUAGCUAUGUUUUUCAGUCCUGAAAACCCUUUUAGAGCUAAAGUGUUCAUUAUUAUUAAGCAUCGUUAUUUUGAUCCAACGAUUUUGAUGAUUAUAGUAUGCAAUAUCGUAACUAUGGGAUUAUCCCAAGAUGAUUCUCCAAUCGCUUAUGAUAAUGCAUUGCAAUCUCUUAAUACUGCAUUUACUUUUGUAUUUAUCACUGAAGCACUCCUAAAGAUUAUUGCAUUGGGACCAGUAGGAUACAUGAGGAAUUCAUGGAAUCAAUUUGAUUUUUUUGUGGUAUGUGCAUCUAUUUUGGAUUUGGUACUGUAAUUCACUGGAAAUUCAUUUAUCUCAUUUUUGAUAUUCAGAGUACUUAGAGUAACAAGAUUAUUUAGAUUGAUCAAAUCAUUUGAAGGAUUGCAGAAACUUAUAGAAACAGCAAUUUACUCAUUACCUGCUAUGUUGAAUGUGACAGCUCUAUUAUUUCUCGUUUUCUUCAUCUUCUCUAUUCUAGGUGUGUUUCUCUUUGGAUCCAUCAGAAGUGGAUGGGCAAUAGACGAUGUGAAUAACUUUUCAGACUUCCACCAUUCCUUUGAACUCUUAUUCAGAUGUUCAACUGGAGAAGAUUGGUACAAAGUCAUGUUUGAUAUCACUAUGUAAGAUGGCUAAGGAUAUUAUUGUAUAUUCUUCAUUAUUUUUAUUGUGAUCCAAUAAUACAUUAUGCUUAAUUUGUUCAUUUUGAUUAUUUUGGAUCAAUACGAAAUCAAUUAUUUCAACAGUGAUAAUCCCCUUAAUAAAUUUUAAGAGUAUGAAAAUAUGUUCAUUGAAUCUUGGUCCAAAUUUGCUAAGGAAGACAAAGGAAUGAAGAUGAGUCAACAAUUACUAGUACCAUUAUUACUCGAUAUGGAAAAACCUAUUGGUUAUGAUUUGAAAUAGAAAUUAAAUGAUGAGAUUAGUGAAUGGAGAAGAAUCAAUCCUCAAUUAGACACAAAGGAGAAUGUCCUAAAGCAAACUCUGAUUCUCAAAGCUUAGGCCAAAAGAGCUGUUUCUACUUAAAUUAUGAAAAUGAAUGUCUAUGCUGAUGUUGCAGGGUAGGUCAAAUAUCAUUAGAUAUUAUUUUCUGUUAUGAAAUCUUAUAUGUGGAAGAAAGUGUAAUUGAAUUUAAGUCCUGAAGGAGCUGAGAAGAUUCUAUAAAAGGAAGACGAAACAUAAAAAAGAUUGAAAAAGAAACAGGUUGGUGUUCAAUCUAAGGAGGUGAAUUUAGUCAACCCCAUUGUACACUUUUUGUUUGUUCAUAUGGCUUUUAAAACAUUAAAGAGGUAUGGAGAAAAGAAGAAGUAACAAAAAGAGUUGCAAGCUCAAUUAUUAUUGGAAUAGGAGUAGGAGCAUUAUAGUGAAGGUUUUAGUUCUGAUUCAUCUUUUGAUAAUAAAAUCGAAAUACUCUCAAGAGUAUCAAAAGACACAGAGCAUCCAAAGAGACCAGAUUACGGUAAAACCAAGUAUCUUACUCUACCUAAUACUGAGAUCUACAAAGAAGAAAUAUAUAUAAAUUAAGAAACCCCAGUGGUGAAUGAUUCAGAUAGAAGUUCCAAGGAAGAGGAGGAAGAACCUGAUGAGGAUGUUAUGUAAUAGUAUACUAAGGACUUUAAGAAGCAUCUCAUUAAUCCAAAUGGGUCAAAUGGAAACAUAUAGGAUGAUAAAAGUGCAAGUAAUUAACAUCAGGGUGGUGGAGCCACGAGAAGUAGCAAUUCUCGAACUAGUCAAAUCAAUAAGUAACCAAAAAGACUGACUCUGAAGCCAAAUGAUAUGAUUUAAGGAUUGGGAUUAAGUAAGAAGUCUAUUUAAACCAACCAAUCACCUGCUAAUUAAAACCCUAAUGUUUCUUAAGAUAACCCUUCAAUUAUGAAUCAAAGCAAUGGAAACAGUUCUAGUAAUAAAUGA